UAGUUCGCGGUUUCUAUGAUCAAUGAAUAUCAUAUGACAUGUUUCCAAAACAAUCAUUACAUGUUCGAAGGAGUUAAUGAUUGUGGGGAAGGGAUUGGCUGUCAGUUACCGCCUUGCGCACUGAUUGGCCAAUCGAACAUUUAAACUUUAGACCCAUAAACCGCUCAAAUCACUCCACCGGUCGCAUCAACAUGUUUUAUUCGGUUCUCGUCGGUUCGGUUGUUUCUUUAUUAGUUUUUCUGUACUUUCGUUUCCCAUAUUUUAUUCAGGAUUUUAUUUACGUACUCAAACUCGUUAACGUCGGGAGGCUGGUGAGGCAAUUCGGCCGCAAAACUCCGUGUUACACGAUCCUGGAGCGCUUCGAGGACUCCGUGAGGAAACACCCGGAGAAGCGCUUCAUCGUGUUUGAGGGACAGAGUUAUUCUUACCGGGACGCGGACAGGGUCAGUAACCGAGUGGCAAACGCGCUUCGGGAGCGCGCACAGGUGCGUCCAGGUCAGAUCGUCGCGCUCUUUCACGGGAACGCGCCCCUGUUCGUGUGGACGUGGCUCGCGCUCGCCAAACUGGGCUGCACGGUCGCGCUCCUGAACACGAACAUCAGGAGCAGAUCUCUGCUGCACUGCCUGACCUGCUGCUGCGCCACGGUCCUCCUCACUGAUGCCGAUUUGGCGGCGGCGGUUGCUGAAGUUCUGCCGUCUCUCCGUGAGCAGGACGUGUCUGUGUUCGUGCUGUCAGACGCCCGUGAGACGGACGGCAUCGUGAAUCUGUCUGCAGAAGUGAGCGGCGCGUCUGAAGAGUCUCCGCCCCUCAGUCUGAGACGUGACAUCAGCAUCAAGAGCCCCGCCCUCUACAUCUACACCUCCGGCACCACAGGUCUUCCUAAAGCUGCGGUGAUCAGCCACGAGAGAGUAUGGAUGAUGUCGUUUAUGCAGCACCUGACCGGCGUGACCUCCAGCGACAUCAUCUACGUCUACCUGCCUCUGUACCACAGCGCCGGCUUCCUCGUCGGCCUCACAGGAGCCAUAGAGCGCGGGAUCACGGUGGUGCUGAGGAGGAAGUUUUCAGCUUCCCGGUUUUGGGAUGACUGUCGGGAACACAAGGUGACGGUCAUCCAGUACAUCGGAGAGGUCAUGCGGUACCUGUGCAACACACCCCAGAGGGACGGCGAGCGCGAUCACAGCGUGCGUCUGGCGCUGGGGAACGGGAUCAGAGCCGACACCUGGGAGGAAUUCCUGCGGCGCUUCGGAAACGUGCGCAUCUGCGAGGGCUACGGAGCGACUGAGGGAAACAUCGGAUUCAUCAAUUAUACUGGGAAAAUCGGUUCCAUCGGGAGAGUGACUGCGGUCCACAAGAUGCUCAUUCGUUAUGCCUUCAUUAAGUUUGAUCCGGAGACGGAGGAGCCGGUGCGGGACGCUGCCGGACAAUGUGUCGAAGUUGCUCCAGGUGAAACUGGGCUGCUGGUGGGAAAGAUCAGUAAAAUCACUCCGUUUAAUGGCUAUGCUAAAAACCCUGCGCAAACAGAGAAGAAGAAGCUGAGGGACGUCUUUAAGAAGGGAGAUCUGUACUUCAACACUGGAGAUCUCAUCCUCGCCGACCACGACGGCUUCUUGUACUUCCAGGAUCGGAUUGGAGACACGUUCCGGUGGAAAGGAGAAAAUGUGGCAACGACUGAGGUGUCUGAAAUUCUGGUCAUGCUGGAUUUCAUUGAAGCCGCAAACGUCUACGGUGUUAGAGUUCCAGGUCACGAGGGGCGUGUUGGAAUGGCGGCUCUCAAGCUCACAGACGGGAUGGAGUUUGAUGCUUCUGCCACAUACGACCACAUGAAGAACUUCCUGCCGGCGUACGCCAGACCGCGCUUCAUCAGAAUACAGAACCAGCUGGACAUGACAGGAACCUUCAAACAGGUCAAAGGUCAGCUGGUGCAGGACGGAUUCGACCCAAACGUCAUCCGUGAUAAGCUCUUCUUCCUGGACGACUCCGAGCAAACGCUCGUGCCCAUGACGGAGGAGAUGUUCAGCUCCAUCAGUGAAGGACGCUUGAGACUGUGACAAACACUCGAUUUAUUCAGAAUCACACCAUGAUCUGAUGAUUUCAAUCCAUCAUCUGGAGUCUGAACACAUCUGUGACUCAAAGGAAUAUACUGAAACAUAAUACGAGGUCGAAAAUAUAUUGCAAAAAUAAAUAAAUGGUACAUUAAUAGUAAUGAUCUUUAGACAAUAAUAAUUUAGCAUAAUUGUAAAUUAAUGUAUUAUAAAUAAGCAUAAGAUUCCCAAACAUUUUUGUCCAUCUGAGAUUUAAUAUUUUAAUAAUCACAUGCACAUGAUGUUGGUCACAUGACUAUAGUCUGUUUCUGCCACGGAAUAUAAAAUAAAAAAGGGAAUUGCGACUUUUAGCUCACAAUUGCAACAAAAAAGUCUGAAUUGUGAGUUUAAAUGUCGCAAUUCCCUUUUUUAUCUUCUAUUCCAUGGCAGAAACGGGCUUCCACAGAUGACACGCAUGUAAAGAAAUCUCAUGAACUCCAGUUAGAGAAACACUGAAAACGAAUCCUUUUUUGUCCAUAGUUUUUAGGACGAUGACAAACAGAAAUUCAGUCAGUGUGUCCGAACUUUUAGCAGUAAAUAUGUGUGUUCAAGUAAAUGUGUUUUUAUUAAUCAAUACUGAGAGACAUUGAUCAUAUGAUGCUUUCUGUAAUAAUAAAGGAACAGAAGGAA